AUGCGGAUACCUCUAUCUCUAUUGUUGUUCGUAAUAUUCUGUUGCUGUAUCCUUCAAUCCCACUUUUCUUUGGGAGAAAUAGAAGUGCAACAACAAGAGAAGGGUGGUGCCGAAGCGGAAGCAGAGGAAGCAUCAUCGGAAGAAGAAGAAGAAGAUGGCGUGCAAUAUUUUUACCAUGACUUUCCCGAUGCCGGUGACAUUUUGGAGUAUGAAGCACCAAUUGAGGGAGGAGAAUGGGAUGGAAUAUCGCCAGAUUACAUUUACCAACCAGACAAGGUUCGCGGCAUACGGAUUGUCGAGUUUUAUGCCCAUUGGUGCCCACACUGUCAACACUUUCGGGACCAUUACGUUCGGUUUGCCGAGACUUUGCGGGAUAUAGUCCACGAAUACGCUCCGGGUACUACAAUCAACAUGUUUGCCGUAUCCUGUGUACCGUGGAGGCCGGUCUGUGUCGAUUUUGGUAUUGAAGCAUUUCCGAAAUUAUAUCUUUUUCAAGAUGGAUCCAAAGAAGGAAGGGAGAUUGAUCAAAAUGAUGUUCAUCCAUUCAAAAUAUUGCCCUUGUUGGGGAUUCACCUGGACGAUUCUUUGACACUGACACAGAAUGAUGAGGACAAACAAGUAGAGUUGGUGGCCAAAGGGAACGAGGAAAGCAAUGAGAAUAGUUCCAAACAAUUCUGGCUGCCAAGGACCAAACAAGAUAUUUAUAACGAUGCACACUUGUCCUUUGAUUUUGCCAUGAGAAACUCCAUCUUUUUGGAGAACAAACCUUUGACCAAAAAGUCAGCCAAGGCCUUUGCCCAUUGGAUCGAACAACUAGUCUCGGCGGUACCUCCAACCUGGGCACUCAAGACUUGUUUUGCAGAAAUCUUCGAAUCGAUUGACAAGGUGGUUCAGAGUGAGAAAGCAUUGCUGAAAAUCGUUAACAAGUAUCCUCCCAAGAAGAAGCACUGGAGUCGAUCCUGCACACGGGGAGACAAAUAUGCAGGAUACACCUGUGGUCUGUGGGAACUAUUCCAUAUUAUGUCUGUAGGAAUCGUGGAAUGGAAUGUUUACUCGAAUGGCGAUGACUGGUAUUUCUUUCGACCUGAAGAAUCGGCCACAGUUCUUCGGAACUACAUUGAGUACUUUUUUGGAUGCGAGGUUUGUCGUCAAAAUUUCUUGCAUGGCUUUGAUAGUUGUCAGUAUGAUCGGUGCAGUCGGUUGAUACCGGAAAUUGGUGAUUUGGAAGAAUGGAAAGAGAUUCCCCUUUGGCUUUUCGAGACUCACAAUGGGGUCAACCGUCGGCUGGCACGAGAACGAGCGGAACGAGAGAAUCGAGAAAUUACUCAAGAAGAAUAUGAGGCAGUCAAGUGGCCACCUCGACAUGAGUGUCCCAAAUGUUGGGGAGAAGAAGGCAGCUGGAAUUCUGAGAAUAUUUACAACUACCUUCGGGUGACUUAUUGGCCGGACGAUGCAUUGAAUGUCAAAAUGAGAGAAUUCGUCACAGCAUCUGUAAGUUCUGAAGAUGACGAUGAAUUGGGGGAAGGAGAAAAAGAAGGCAUUACCUUCUUUGGAUUCUUGAAACGAUUACUGAAAGCCAUGGGUUGCAGUGCAGUCUUGAUAUAUGCGACAUACUUCUUGCUCCGUCGACGCCGACUCUAUCGGACUGGUCAUCACAAGAAGGUUGAUUAUACCGACUGA